UUAUUGCACCACAACACCACAUAGCCGAGCCCACUAAGAUUUAGAGGAAUAUGGCUUUGGGAAGAGGAGAGAUGUCGCUAGCCAUCAUUGCGGUCUUGUGCCUCAGCGCAAUGGGGACAGAAGCCUAUCUCAAAGUUGGCUUCUACUCCUACAGCUGCCCUAAAGCGGAGGAGAUCGUUAAGGAGGAGCUUGAUAAGGCUCUGCAGGAAGACAAGGGCAUUGGCUCUGACCUUCUCAGGAUGCACUUCCAUGACUGUUUCGUGAGGGGUUGCGAUGGCUCACUUCUCAUUGACUCGACCAAGGACAAUGCCGCUGAGAAGGAUGGGAAACCCAAUGAAACCGUUGAAGAUGAAGGGUUUGAAGUCAUCGACAAGGUCAAGGAGAGGUUGGAGGCUGAAUGCAAAGGAACGGUCUCAUGCGCAGACAUUCUUGCAUUCCUCGCCCGAGACAGUGUUGCACAUUACGGAGGAGUUCACUACCCAGUCCCUGCCGGCAGAAGAGAUGGAAGGAUCUCCCGAUCAAAUGACACGAUCGAUCUCCCUCCUCCAACAUUUAAACUUGGUAAUCUCACGAAGUUGUUCGUCUCGAAAGGGUUGAGCCGUGAUGACAUGGUCGCUCUCUCAGGAGCACACACCAUCGGCAUCGCGCACUGUUCUGCCUUCUCCGACAGGCUCUACAACUUCAGCCAGACGGUGAAGGCCGACCCGAGCUUGGACCCGAACUAUGCUUCCCAACUGAGGGGCGAGUGCCCAACUGGGAGCGAUAACGAGGUGGACAUGGAUCCGCCAAGCCCCCUCACGUUCGACAGCAGCUACUACAAGAACCUCCUAGCGCACCGCGGACUCUUCACAUCGGACCAGACCCUCAUGUCCAAGCACGGUACCGCGACGUUGGUGAAGCGGUUUGCCAAAAAGCCUGCGCUCUUCAAGAAGAAGUUUGCAGCUGCCAUGGUGAAGAUGGGGAGCAUCGGCGUCCUCACCGGUGAACAAGGCGAGAUACGUACCAACUGCAGAGUAGUCAACUGAUGAGCGCGGAUCACCGGAACAUAUGCCGUUCUAUUGGAUCUCAUUUUUCUUAAUCUCUUAUAUCCCUGAGGUUAGAUCACCAAUGGGGCAUUAAGAGAUAUCAUUUAUUGUUUGGUGUGUGUUUCAUCGAUGAAUAAGAAUUAGUGUGAAUGACAUGUUUGAGAAA